AUGGAUAUUUUACGUCAUUUUCAGACCAUUGCUUGGUGUAAGCCAGAUUGGUGCUUCCCAAGCAUGGGAAAAGAAACAAAUGAAUUACUCCGGCAGUGUAUAGAACUGCCAGUAGCCCACUUAUCUGAUGACAUUGAAGAAAUUAUCAAAAGGAGUAAAGCCUUCCCAAUACCUUUUCCCAUAGAGACUGUGAGAAUAGAAAAAUUACAAGUGAGGAGGCCCGUUGAGAAGCUCAAAAGAAAUAUAGUGUCCACAUACCCACUAAUUCAUGAGAGAGUUCUUCUACUCAUGACACAUUUCCUUAUUUAUAAAAGGGAAUUCGGUACAAGUAUAGAGAAGGCGCUAUAUAAAGAUAUGUCAGUUCCCGAACUGAUUGACAGGAUAUUGAAGAAGCGAGCUGUCACUUUUAUGGGCCCAAGUGAUAAAUACAAACUUUUGUCAGGAGAAGAGGGCAAAGAUGGUUGGGAAGCGGUUGGUACAUUGCAACAAAAGCCACCAUUGUUGUUAGAGAACUGUCUGAGCUACGACGAGAUGAAGUUGUCUGCAAUGGUGUACGUCAGUGGGCACACAGAAUGCAUCAAUGAUGGUGAAAGAAAAAAUUCUGGAGUUAUCAGAGAGGACAUUGCUGAAGAAGAUGCGGUUAUUAUAGGUUUGGUAGGGCCACGUUUCGAGAGACGCGGUCGUAUGGAUUACGAGGAUAUUUUGAUAACGGAACAGCAGAAUUGUCUGGAGCACGGCUAUGGUGAGGAAGUAACGCCCACCACCUGCCUCAAUGUAUUGAAAACCACCUAUGUGAGGAACAACCAGUCCGCCAAGCACAUGUGGCGGCAGAUAUGGUCGGAAUUCUACCAGGUACAUAGUUAUACUUAUGAGGAGUUGACGUCAUACGUCAAUAUCCAAGACAAGGCGGAAGACCAAAGAUACACGGACAGAUACGUGAAGAAGCCUGGGAGUGAAGACAUCUUCGAUAAUGAGGUAUACUACAAGCGGCUGUGUGUUCUGGCUGAAGUGACUUUACUCGAAGCUGAUCACAGGGCUAAAGAGGCGGGGAAAGAGGCGUUUCUGAAUGUUAUUGGAUGUGGUCUCGGCGUAUGGAAGAUAUCACCACAUCAACCCGAUGUAUAUAUUCUAACUUUUCUAGAAAGAAUACGUUCAUUUCUCAAAAAGGACAUGUUGAAUCACCUAUCUGAUGUUAACUUUGCUUAUAUUCAACCCAGCAAAGGGAUAUUGGGCUUAUUCACAAACUCCUCCGAGGCGGUGGAAACGCCAACAGAGAAGAGGAUAUUCUUUGAGUGUAAACGACAUCCCAAAGGUGGCAUCAACGUCCAAUUAGAGAACCGGGAGCCAUCUUCGAAGUUGACUGGGGAGCAUGAGGGGAAGCUAUUAGUGAUGACAUAUCCAUGGGAUGGUAACGCACAUCCAGGGAAUGAAUUCUGGUUAGGCAGCCUUAAUAGUUCGGGAGACCCAGCCGCGGCUUGUUCGACGCAAGUAUCGGAGUUACACAACGCUCACAUAAACCCAGCAGUAAGUUCGUGCAACGUUCGAGUCGCCGGUCGGUCAGGCAUCAAAACUCUAAAUGAGUACUCCGCCGCGUUAACAACAUAA